AUGAAAGCCGAGCAGGCCUACCGUCGCGGCAACGUCCAAGUCGUUUGGCCGUCGUGGCUCAAUGAUUCCAUAUGCAGCUGGGUCCGACAGGGCGAAGCGGCCUAUCUCAUUCCCCGUAAUACGGAGCUCUCGCUCCUACCGCCCGAGGCGCAAGACUUGACCCAGAGCACCUUCUCCGACACACUGUCUGAUGACCAGCAGGUGAUGGAAAACCUCGCCCACAUGGACUGGGGCGAGGCGGAAGACGAGGUCGAUGCCUUUUUGGAUGACGAUGACACAGAGACAGAAAACGACUCACUUCUAGGCUCUAGCCUCACAGAAGUCCCCGGCGCCGUCACUUCGGCGACGGGCCGCAGGCGCACGGACGAAUGA